AGAUUUCUACCCAGCGGCCAGUGCGCUUCCAACAUGGAGGAACUGACAGUGGAAGUCCGUGGUUCCAACGGAGCCUUUUACAAGGGGUUUGUGAAAGAUGUUCACGAGGAUUCACUCACAGUUGUUUUUGAAAACAACUGGCAGCCGGAACGUCAAGUCCCUUUUAAUGAAGCACGAUUGCCACCCUCUGCAGACAUGAAGAAGGAUAUCACUGAAGGAGAUGAAGUAGAGGUUUACUCCAGAGCAAAUGAACAGGAACCGUGCGGAUGGUGGCUUGCCAAAAUUCGAAUGAUGAAAGGAGAAUUUUAUGUCAUUGAGUAUGCUGCCUGUGAUGCCACCUACAAUGAAAUAGUCACAUAUGAAAGACUUCGACCUGUGAAUCUAAACAGGCCUGUUACAAAAAGUAGCUUUUUCAAAUGUACAGUUCCAGUUCCUGAGGAUUUGCGGGAUGCAUGUACAUCAGAAAGUAUACAUAAAGACUUUAAGAAGGCUGUUGGAGCUUGUCGGAUUUUUUAUUGUUCUGAAACAAAUCAACUUAUUAUAUUGUCAACCUGUGAAGCUACACAGAAGAGGGUGACGAUGCUCAGCGACAUGCAUUUGCGUGGUAUUCGAACAAAGCUUAUGUUAAUGUCGAGAAAUGAAGAGGCUACAAAACAGUUGGAAAACACCAAGCAGCUUGCAGCAGCAUUUCAUGAAGAAUUUAAUGUUCGGGAAGAUCUGAUGGGCUUGGCAAUAGGAACACAUGGCAGUAAUAUCCAGCUGGCUAGGAAAGUUGCUGGAGUUACAGCAAUAGAGCUGGAGGAGGAUACUGGUACUUUCAGAAUCUAUGGGGAGAGUGCUGAAGCUGUAAAAAAGGCAAGGAGUUACUUGGAGUUUAUUGAAGAAUCUAUUCCGGUUCCUAGAAGUUUAGUAGGAAAGGUUAUUGGUAAAAAUGGGAAAGUUAUUCAAGAAAUUGUGGAUAAAUCGGGAGUUGUCAGGGUGCGAAUUGAAGGAGAAAAUGACAACAAACUGCCAAAAGAUGAGGAAAUGGUGCCUUUCAUAUUUGUUGGUACCAUGGAAAAUAUCGGAAAUGCUCAAGUACUUUUGGAGUACCACAUUGCGUACCUUAAGGAGGUUGAACAGCUAAGGAUGGAGAGACUGCAGAUUGAUGAGCAGCUCCGUCAGAUUGGAGUUGGAUUUAGACCUGCUACCAGUAGAAAUCCUGCAGCUACAGAAAAGGAUAAAGGCUAUACAACUGAUGAAAGCACUGCUUCCUCUGUUCAUGGCUCACGUUCAUAUAGUGGCAGAGGUCGUGGGCGUAGGGGUCCUAAUUACACAUCUGGUUAUGGAACAAACUCUGAGUUGUCUAAUGCAUCAGAAACGGAAUCAGAGAAAAAAGAUGAGUUAAGUGACUGGUCACUUGCAGGAGAUGAUGACCAAGAAUCUAAGGAAACUAGACCAUACCGUGAUAACAGAAGACGACCAGGUGGAGGAAGAGACCGAAGUGGACAUGGUGGUCGUGGCCGUGGCCGUGGUGGAUCUCAUGGAGGGAACUCUUCUAUUAGCUCAGUACUGAAAGAUCCUGACAGCAACCCUUAUAGCUUGCUGGACAACACUGAAACAGAUCAGACAGCAGAUACAGAUGGAAGUGAAUCUCAUCACAAUACCAGUCGCCGACGACGAUCUCGCAGACGAAGAACUGAUGAAGAUGCUACCCUAAUUGAUGGAAUGACAGAAUCUGAUUCUGCUUCAGUGACAGAAAAUGGGUUAGACACUAGCCAAAGAAAGCCUCAGCGACGCAAUCGUAGUCGCAGGCGUCGCUUCCAUAAUAAGAUGGAAGAUAGACAGCCAGUUACCGUUGCUGAUUAUAUUUCUCGAGCUGAAUCUCAAAGUAGGCAGAGGAGUCUCCCGCGAGAAAAUUUGUCCAGAAGCAAAAGAAAUGUGCCUCAAGAUGUGAUUGAAGAGUACAGCACUUCUGGAUCUGUCAUGAAUGGUCCUCCCAGUGGUUCUGGUGAGGGAACUGCUGAACCCCAGGAUGCUUCAAAUGAUGUAACUGAGAAGAUCUCGGAAGAAGGAAGCCAGGAAAACACAACCGUACCGAAUGGUGUAUCAUAAACUGAGUUCCACAUGUCAGUAACCUUUGCAUUACAUUUCACAAACUGUUUGUCCAAACUUGCCAAAGAUAGAAAAAAAAGUGGACUGCCAGAUUUUACAAUGCACUUUUUCAGUUCCUCCAUCGUGGAAUCCAGAAAUGAAGGUGAUCAAGUAGAAAAGAUUACUUUCAAGUAACUUCAGUGUGCUAUUAACAUGAUCCGGUGUUGUGCCUUCAGAUGGUAGAUGCAACGAUAUUAAAAUCUGCUGACUGUAGAAUGUGUUUGUUUUAAACUGUACAGAAGAAAGGGAGAUCCUUAAUGUCUUGUUCUAAAAGCAUUAGCUGCUUUUAAUGAUAAUAAUAUGCAACCACUUCACCUAAGGAAAGUAGAAAGAAAUGCAGUCGAAAAUAUUUUGCACUGAAUUGUAUUUUUCCAUUAGGUUUGUAUGGAAACUGAUCUGUUUCAACACAUUGCUGUUUUUUUUGUAAAAUACCGUAUGUAAAGGAAAAUAAUGCAGAGCACUGGAAGAUACUCAUUGUUCACAUAAUCUGCAGGGACAUUUUGAAUGGCCAUGACUGUUCUGCAAAUAAGCUUUGUUUGGUUUAUUUAUUAUAAUUUGUAUUUAAAAAUCAAACAUGGCUUGGCUUCCAACACUAAACUGGACAUAACAUCUGCUAAAGCAUAAUAAAAACUACUGAAAAGAUCAAUUCCAGAAGAUCACUCUGUAUAGUCUGUUAGAAUCCUUGUUAGAAUGUUUUUUCAUUACAUUGUUGUUUUGAUGUGCAAUAUGUUUUUGUAUGCAGGUAGUUAAAUAAACGUUGAUCUUCCA